CUCAGUUCCUUCUAAUGCCACGCCCAGGCUCUUUGGCCACUGGUUCAGACUCCCUCUGUGCUGUAAUCAUUAACUCCUGCAGGAAGCCCACGAGACAGACAAGUAUCAGAGUUUCUGCCUCUUGCCAACCCAGGGGCAGUAUCUGCUGAAAUCCCGAGAUGGAGAGAAGUAAGGAAGGAGAUGGCGAUGGGGGGGUGGCAGGGCAACAGCCAGGCCAUGGGGCCCCGGGGCUGGCGAUGAGAAGGGAGAUUGGUCUGUGGAGCGCUGUGUCCUUGAUCGUCGGCUGUAUGAUCGGCUCGGGCAUCUUCAUGUCCCCGCAGGGGGUCCUGGUCCACAUGGGCAGCCCUGGGGCCAGUCUGGUGGUCUGGGCAGCGUGUGGCCUCCUGGUCAUGCUGGGUGCUCUGUGUUAUGCCGAGCUGGGCGCCCUGAUCCCCGAGUCUGGUGGGGAGUAUGUAUACAUCCUGCGCACCUUUGGCUCCCUGCCGGCUUUCCUGGACGUCUACACGCUGGUGCUGGUAGGCAGGCCAGCCGCCAUCAGCGCUAUCUCCCUGAGCUUUGCUGAGUAUUCACUUGCUCCCUUUUACCCCGGCUGCGCCUCACUGCCCCAGGCAGUGCUCAAGAUCGUGGCAGCCGCCUGCAUCCUGCUGCUGAUGCUGGUCAACUGCUGGAGCUCAAGGCUGGCCACCAGGCUGAUGAACGUGUGCACGGCGGCCAAAGUGCUCUCCUUGCUGGUCAUCGUGGUGGGCGGGGCCGCGGCUCUGGGCCAGGGCCGCAGCCGCAGGGAAGCCCUUCUGUCUGCCUUCCAAAACACAACCCAGCAGGCGGGGCGCAUCGGCAUGGCCUUCUACCAGGGCCUGUGGUCCUUCGACGGCUGGAGCAACAUCAACUGUGUGACGGAGGAGCUCAAGAAUCCACACAAGAACCUGGUGUGGGCAUUGAUCAUCGCCAUCCCCAUGGUCACCGGCCUGUACAUCCUGGCCAACAUCAGCUACCUGCUGGUGCUGUCACCCAGGGAGAUCCUUUCGUCUGAUGCUAUGGCUGCGAGCUGGGGGAACCAGAUUCUGGGGUCCUGGGCCUGGCUGGUGCCCUUGGCUGUAGCCAUCUCCACAUUCGGGUCUGUCAAUGGGGCGUUCUUCAGCGGAAGCCGUGUGUGCUACGUGGCUGCGAGAGAGGGCCACCUGCCCCGAGUUCUCUCCAUGGUUCACGUGCACCGCCUCACACCGUCUCCAGCCCUGAUGUUCACCACGGCCGUGGCUUUGGUGCUUAUCAUCCCAGGAAACUUCAGCAGCAUUGUGACCUUCUUGAGCCUCCUCUCCUGGCUCAUCUACGGAACCACCAUUAGCUGCCUCCUGUAUUUGCGGAUGAAGCGGAAGAAUCUUCCCAGACCUUACAAGGUUCCCACCCUCAUCCCUGCCAUCAUGCUCCUGGCUUCUCUCUACCUGGUGCUGGCACCCAUCAUCGACCACCCCCAGAUGGAGUUCCUGUACAUCUUCCUCUUCCUGCUCAGUGGCUUCCUGGUGUAUUUCCUGUUCGUCUACUUCCAGUGGCAGCCCAGGUGUUUGCAGACGGCUACCCUGCAUCUCCAGCUGCUCAUGGAAGUUGCUCCAACCACUAAAAAUAUGGACUGAAGGACAGGAUGAGGUCGUCAUUGCUCUUUUUGCUGAAAAACCCCUUGUCCUCACACAGGUCUUGCUAGAAGUUUUGGGUAAACCACCCAGGACACACACACCCUCCCUGCCCCUGCCUUCUCACAACACAGCCAUGCUGGGGUCACAUGACCACCUCUCUGGGUACAAAUAUCUGCUAGCUACUUGUAACCUAGGUGGGUGCCAUGGAGUAAGUUCCCUCCUUUGGGAUGAGAAUUCUAGGGUAGUGCUCUGCCUCUGAUGGUAGCUUGAGCAGAGGCAUCACAGAUUUUGUGGGCUAUUACGGGGCUGUCUAUCAUGCAACAGAGAAAUAGAGAAAGGCAUUGUGGAGAGAAUGAUAAAGGUUAUGGUUUGAAUAUGGUUUGUUCUCAGCAAAACUCACAUUGUGAACUGGUUCCCAAUGUAAUGGUGAUGAGAGGUGCUGGGAUCUUUAAGGAGGCUGGUGCUGUGGCGUAGUGGGCAAAGUCACUGCCUGCAGUGCCGGCAUCCCAUAUGGGCACUGGUUCAAGUCCUGGCUGCUCCAAUUCUGAUCCAGCUCCCUGCUAAUGAGCCUGGGAAAAGGAUCGGAAGAUGGCCCACAUGUUUUGGCCCUGCAUCCACCCGCAUGGGAGACCCGGAAGAAGCUCCUGGCUCCUGGCUUCGGAUUGGCGCAGCUCCGGCCGUUGCGGCCAGUUGGGGGAGUGAACCAGUAGAUGGAAGACCUCUCUUUCUCUCUCUCUUUGCCUUUUCCUUCUCUCUGUGUAACUCUGACUUUCAAGUAAAUAAAUAAAUAUUAAGAAAAAAAGAAGGUGAUGGGCACUGCUGCCAUGAAGGAACUAGUGUCUUUUUUGAGAGGUUGGGUUAGUUCUCUCCAGAGCAGGUUGUUCUCUGCGUCUUUCACACACGCCCUUUCUGCGAGCACGCACGUGCCCUUUCUGCUUAUGCAAUAUGAUGUCAUGCAGCACGAGGCGCCCGCCAGAAACUGAGCUGCUGACAGUGCCGGGCUUCUGGACACACAGAAGGAAGAACCGAAAUAAAGCUUCCUUUGUAAAGUGUCCAGCCUUAGGUACUUUUGUUCUAGCGACAGACAAAGAUACACAGUGAGAUGCUGAGAGAUGAGAAGGUGCUUCGAAGAGUUUGUGGAAACUGGCAUUAAAAGUUCAGUCUGGGGCUGGCGCGGUGGCGCAGCAGGCUAAGCUGCAGCUUGCAAUGCCUGUGUCCCGUUCUGGAGCGUCAGUCUGAGACCGGCCGCUCUGCCCUUCUGAACUGGCUUCUGCUCACUGUGCCUGGGAAGGCAGCGAAUGAUGGCUCCUGGGCUUGGGCUCCUGCACCCACGUGGGAAACCAGGAGAGAGUUCCUGACUUCUGGCUUUGGCCUGGCCCAGCCUUGGCCACUGGGGCCAUUUAAGGAGGGAACCAGUGGAUGGUUCUCUCUUUUUUUUU